UAUAUUCACUGCUCGUCUAUAUAUCAGCAGGUCUGCUGCCUGAAUCAAAUGAAUCUGGAUCCCCCGGAGCCGAAAACCGGAGACCGAGCCCGAGCCAUGUUUAGAGCUUUCAGCACCCGAAGGGGCCGCGGCAGAUACGAGAAGUUAGGCCGUGAGCCCGCCGCACCUCCUUCGGAAGCUGGAAAACUGAAGAGGACCGCGAGUUUGCCCGCCGGAGCGCUCGGCUCGUCCUCGAACCCGGUGCCGGAGGUGGUCUUCCCGGCCAAUCCCCAGGGGAAGCCUACGAGGAAAGUCAGCAAUAGCCACCCGCUGUUCAGUCUCUUCGACGGCAGCCGCCGCAGGAAGAAGGCCACGGCCAGGCCCGAGCUGGCCAGGUAUCUCGAGUAUGUGAAGGAGGGCGGGUUGUGGGAUGCAGACUCGAAUAAGCCUAUAAUACACUAUAGCUGAAAGGGAGGGGUUUAUGCUUUACCCCUUUUGCCUUUAUGUGCUGCUGCACAUAGAUUGUUAAUAGAGGUUUGGUCAAGAUUUUGAGUUUCUAGGAGAGACUCCAUUGAAGAACAAGCUCCUGUUCUCUCUUUUUUUUUUUUUCCUUCUAGCAAUCCAAUGUGAAUGAUGUUGUGGCUACCAUAACCAAAUAGGCUUUACAAAGUGAUCAUGAACACGAUAUCGUGCA